AUGGAUGAGAAAGCUCGAUUCUUGAUCCCUUAUGCAGUAGGGACACAUGAGUUCCAUGUGUUAGAUGGUGAGUUGAAUGGUGAAGUCAACCUCCUGAAUAAGACAUGCACAUGUGGUGUAUUUCAGCUUAUUGGCAUCCCAUGUGUUCAUGCACUAUCUGGAUCCCUUAAGAGAGGGGUGAGCUUUUAUUCUUUGUGUUCAGAUUACUAUAAAAUUGAGACAUGGAGGUCCUCUUACACAGAAUCUAUAUAUCCUAAUGGUAACGAGGAAGAGUGGAUUGUUCCACAUGACAUUAUGACAAUGAAUGUGAGAAUACCUAGGCAAAAAAAUCUUGAUUGUCCAAAGAAGAAACAAGGUAGGCCUAAGAAGAAAUGCCAUCCUUCCAAUGGAGAAAAAGUGGUUGUACAAUGCAAGUGUAGCACAUGUGGAGGUUUAGGCAAUAAUAGGGCAACUUGUAAAGUUCAAGUUUGA